GCCGCGUUUUCCGACACCCGCCUGUCUUUCUUCCCGCCUUGUUUCUCUCUCCUAAAUCCCCCCUUCCCUUCAAGAGAAAAGGGGUUCUUUUUAGAGAGAGAAAGCUCAAUCCAACUCCAUCUCAAUCCAACUCUAUCCUUUUUAGGGCGAGAGAAAGCUAGAGAGAGAGGGAGAGAGGUCGAGAAAUCUUACGUCUCUGGUUCGAAGUCGGAGAGCUUGACUGGGUUGCAGACGGCGAAAAAAGUUGUCAUCUUUUUGCUGCUGUUUCUGAGUGUAAUCAUUAUUUCUAGUUCCUCCAUGUUGAAGUGGGAAUGCUUACAGAAGGAGAAGAGAUCCAUAAAUGGAUUCGGUCUCACCGGCAACAUCUAAUAUCGUAUCCAUAGCAAAGAUCUUCACCAAGAUUAUCCGCUUCCGUCGCAAAACCACCAGCAACACCACUGCAGAUUUCGGUCCUGACCAAGAUCAUGAAAUCCACAAGCUCAAGCCUUCAAAAAGCAUCGACGACUUCCCCCAAGCUAUCCCCAUAUUUGAGGACGAGAAGGUCAAGAAGGAGGAGAACUGCCACAAUAAAGAAUCCAUGGAAUCACUUCUUGCAAAUAUAUUCACCAGCAUCUCGGCCAUCAAAGCCUCGUAUGCUCAGCUUCAAGUCGCCCAAUCUCCCUACGAUCCCGAGACGAUCCAAUCGUCUGAUCAGUGUGUGGUCACUGAACUCAAGCAUCUAUCUGAGCUUAAACGCGCCUAUUUCAAGAACCAGUUCGGCCCUCCACCACCACCACCAUUGGCCGCUCAAGUCCAGGAGCAGCGAAACCUCAUCAGAACCUACAAAAUCACUAGCAACAAGCUCGAGUCAGAGAUCCGAUGCAAAGGUUCAGAGAUCACUGCUCUCCAAGCUCAGUUACUGGAAUCUGAUCGCCAGAACCGAGCUUUAGAAUCCAGACUUCAUCCUGGCAACCCGCUAUCUUCUCUGGACGGCCUCCAUCUCUCUGAGCUAGAUCCAUCUCAUUUUCUUGCCAUGGUUCGCCAUACUGUAAGAUCAAUCCGGUCAUUUGUCAAGCUGAUGGUUGGUGAGAUGGAGUCUGCUGGUUGGGAUCUUGAUUCUGCUGCAAGUUCCAUUCAAUCAGAUGUCUGCAAUAAGCCUGGGCACAGAAUAUUUGCGUUUGAAUCCUUCAUUUGUCAGCGACUGUUCUCUGAUUUCCAUAAUCGAAAUUUUGGCUUGUCGCUUUUGGAAGAAAGGGCAACAUGGGAGUCUCGGCAGUUCUUUGAUGAGUUCACUGAGCUGAAAUCAGCGAAAAUGAAGCAUUUUCUUCAGACUCAGAAAGGAAGAUCAUCUGGGUUCGGUAAAUUCUGCAGGACAAAGUAUUUAACCCUUGUGCACCCAAAGAUGGAGGCUUCGUUCUUCGGCGAUCUCGAUCAGAGGGGGCUCGUAAGCUCAGGCCGAGGGUUUCCUCAGUCUGAUUUCUUUGCUGGGUUUGUUGAGGUGGCUAGGAGAGUUUGGCUUCUUCAUUGUUUGUUCUUCUCAUUUGGGAGAGAAAUGGAGGGUUCAAUCUUUCAAGUAAAGAGAGGCUGGAGGUUUUCGGAGGUUUACAUGGAGAGUGUGAUGGAAGUGGAUGCCGGUGACAGGCCGCCAGUGGUAGGAUUUACGGUGAUGCCGGGGUUUAGGGUUGGGAGGACAGUGAUUCAAUGCAAAGUAUAUAUCUCAGGUCUGACGGAAAAUGGGCGUUCAUGAUUCAUUGCUAUCGGUGUUACGAAUGAAUCCGACGGUCAGGAUGCCUGUUAAUUGGACCGGACGGCCGAGAGAGCAUGUGAACCUAUUAAUCACAAGAAACUAUCAAGUAAACUAUCAAGUGGUUCUUGUCUACUGAAAGAUGGGGUACCGAGCGUUGUCUGUCGUUUGAUCAGUGCAAAAUACUGAUCUAAUUUUUGUUCUUGGUAUUUCGACUAUCCUGAUGGUAUGAAUCAGUGUAACCGUCUGUGUAGUGUUCGAGAUGUCAGCAAGUGGGAGUUGGCUAACAGGUCGAGAUUGAGAUUUUUGCGAGAGGAAGAGGUCUCCUCUUGUGAAAGAAAAAUCUUAUACCGAAUUUUGUUCAUGCAUGCCUCACUAUGCUCUCUAUGAUUAGUUAAUCAUGUUGUAACAUAAGUUAUUAUUAUAUGUAACAAUCUUGUAAUGGUUGGUGUAAUAAUGAGCAAUGGGUAGUAUUAUAUGGAUGCAUGUUGGGGGGUAUUGGAA